CUAGGCCUUUAUCUUAAUAAAUGCCUUAUUUUGCUGUAUAUGGAAUUGCUUAGUGUGUUUAGGCCGCGGUUCUUUAAAAUCGCAUAAUUAUCCCAUAAUGCGGAGCAUAUCGAAAGAGAAAUGAAAAUUAGACGAGAGGUACUUACCUUGAAGUGUAAUUGAAGUUCUCUUAAGAUAUGUGGAGCAUUAUGGGAUAAUGCUUCCCAUCCCUGUCUCUUUUUACUUUUCUACGUUCCCACCCUUGGUUCUCUUGAGGACCUUGGCCUAAAUGAUAUUUGCCCUCCAGGAAGAACUGGUUAUCACGCCGCCUCCUGGUGUUUAUAUCACUGCUGAUUUGCAUUUGAAUAACUUCUUUUAAACGUGACCGCUGACCAGUAGGUAGGUAGGAAGUAUGCAUAAUUAUCCCAUAAUGCUCCACAUAUCUUAAGAGAACUUCAAUUACACUUCAAGGUAAGUACCUCUCGUCUAAUUUUCAUUUUUGUCAGAGGUCUGUGUGAUAAAAAAGAGCGUCUCAUAGUAGCGAAGCGCGCGCGGAACACCAUGGGUAUUAAGAAAAUUUGGUAAACUAUGCAUCCAAGAAAUUUUGGUUCUGAGAAAAUCAUCCGUACGGAGUACGUCCGAAGGUACGUCCAUCCCUUCAUGUAAGCCGGGGUGAAAUUUUGCAAUUCAAGUACCCGCGCGUUUCGGCAGUAAAUCGCCUAGCCACCUGGACUCUUAGAGAUAAAAAACAACAACAACGAAGCCGAUUCUUUUGUUUCGACUUAAUUUUAAAGUCUACAUUGGCGUGGAUAACAGAGAAAGAGCUAGAGCCAGAGAUAAGAAAACAGAGAAGACCAAUUUCGUUUGAAGAAUAACAUGAACAUUUCUUAGCGGCUGUGAGAAAAUGAGAAAUGCUAGCGGCCACCAAGGUAAAAAUGAGCGGCAGCGAAAAAAAAGUGAACAGGACCACAUACAACAUUUCCUCCAUAAAACGUGUAACUAGGAAGUUUCUGGAAGUUUCACGUUGUCGUCGUGCAAAACAACGGCAAAGAAAUGACUGUACAAAAAAAGUGUGCUGCACGUGCCAAGUUGGUUUUUUUUUUGCUUUUGUUAUUUUGUUUGGGAAGAAUUUGUUUUCAAGGCCUAAUCUACUGUGAUCGAGCAUGAUUGCUAUUUUUGGGUGUACAUAUAAGACUAUUAACUCGAUGUAAAAUUUGUUUCACUCUUUGACUGUCAAAUUAUUUUUCCCUGAAAUCACUUAGCCUUUGCCUCAAAAGUCACAUAAGUGUGCCCUAAAGUUAACUGAUUUGUGGAUUACAAGUUUAUUGUUUGAUGUAAAUUAUGAAUUUAAUAACCGGAGCUUCGCUUUUAGCGCUGGCUAAAUCUAUAUAUUAAAAUACGAAUAGCCCAUUUCCGAGUUGCCUCGCCAUCUCUGUUUUAAAGCGAAUGAUUUUAAUGAUUUUUUAUUCUCAUGUAAAUAAAACUCAUUUUCACAGCAAAGGUUUUGCACUUAGCCUCAUUUUGAAGGCGAGAGUUUUUGGAACUCGGAAAUGGCCCCUAUUAGUACAGUUUCGUCAGGUCUCACGAAAAAACGAUGUUUUAGGAGCUGGCCUGGGCAAGAUUUGUCGGCAAGAUUAUUUUGUCAUUUGCCAGAUUUAUUGUUAACGCAGUCCAUCUUCUUAAAUGUAUUUUUUCCUUUUUUAUGUCAUUAUGUUACUCUCCGUUGAAGGUUCUGAUGAAGAGAAAAUAAUUAUAAUUAUAAUUAUUUAUUAAUAAAUCGUCUUUUUUGCAUAGAGCUAUCUGGUCUAACGAGAUUCGCGAGCUUCCUGCCGACAGUUUUAAAAACAUGGACUCCUUGCAAAUACUGUAAGUAGUGAGAAUGUGUUUCACGUCAACAGGCAAAAAAUUGAUGAACAGCGUUAGAAACAAUUUUGUCAUUAUUGUAAUCAACCAGCGACCCUAAUGCAACCCAUCUUGUCCUGCUGAUUUUAUAACUCAAAAUUUACAGUCAAUUUCUUAUGGUUGUCAAAUUGGUACCAGUCAGAGCUUUUCCACUUUGGGAAAUGUGUGAAACAAUACCUUGACAUCACAGCAUGGCGGGUUAGAAAUGUCCUCGAGGAGUAGUAUAGGGCGCACGGAAUUAGCCUAUGACGUCAUCGGCGUUAAUGUAUUCCUGCUCACGCUAAUGAGAUUCCUGCUCAAAAAAGAGGUUAAUUCGGUGCGCCCUAUACUACUCCUCGAGGACAUUUCUAACCCGCCAUGCUGAAGUUGAAGUUUGUAGAUACUCUCAAGAUUCAGAAUUUUUAAAUUUUUAAAUAAGGGGUCAGUGUGAGCAUCGAAAACACUCCUCGAUAGCGAUCUUUUUAAACUUUGAUCACAUGAAUCGAGUAAAUAAAACGAAUUGAACAUAUAUAACUUUUUAAUAUUUCUUCGAGUGCAACCCUAAAAGAAACCUUUACGGCUAAAUAUAAUGGUGUUUUGCCCAGAACACGCUAAACAAGACCAAAAUCUGAAAUUUACACCACUAAGCGAAACGACGAGCAUCCCCGCCCCAUUCAUAUGGAAGUCCCCCCCGGGUUUAGAACAUGGCUAAUAGGCAAUUAAUGUGGUAUUUGUGAAGAGAGUCGACCGUAUUUAGAAAAGGGAACUUUGUAAAAUGCAGCUUUGAAAUCUUGUUUUUAAUCUCUCCACAAAACGUUUCCCAGUUACAUGUUCAUGCUCUUCCACAUAAUUAUGCAUUAACACUGUUUUCAUUUAACAGAUAUCUGGGAGGGAAUAAAAUUGAAGACCUACCUAUGGGGACGUUUGGAGCACUAUCCAACCUACAAAUCCUGUAAGUAGAUCAAUACUUUACUCCGGCGAGUGAUAGAUUCAUGUUUCAGGGCUAGAGCACUUCAUCCUCACUUGUUUAAAGGGAGAAGGAACAUAUAGAUUAUCAGUUAUCGAGAAAUAUCCUAUACACAAUUAUUAAUAAGCUUUUUUUCCAUAGUUUAUUUCAUGCGCUCUUUUAAUUACAUGUUUGGGAACUUCAUGUUAUUCUGUGAAUCCAAUUUCAUUAAUUCGCCUAUCAGUAAGGAACGGGGUUCAUGUUUUUACUAGGCAAUUGCUUUUAAUCGCCCUUUAGUGAUUUUUAUAUUGCUCAUUUUGGUUUGUUGUUUUUUAAAAGGAAUUUAGGCUCUAAUAGACUGCAGCGUUUACCAAAAGACAUUUUCAAAAAUCUGAGUACUUUGCAGCAACUGUAAGUAUUAAAGCAUCCUCCGAUUUAUUUUACCUGCUGGCAAUCCCACCAUCACUCAACUGAGAAAGUAAUCCACUUAAGAUUUCCAAAACAGGUCUCUUUUUUGUAUUUUGAUAAACUUGAAUUUCACUUUUAAAUGAUUUCAUGUAUUCCACUUUUUACACAGUAGAGACCAAAACAUUCAAAACAAUUAAAAACUAGACAUAUAUACAUCACACACUCUCGUGACAUACUGAUACACACACCCCAGAACAUUUUUCCUGUAUUUACAUAUGGAAGGUCACAUAUAAUAAUAUACAUGAAAAAAUUUCUCGAUUGUGAUUGGUUAAGAGGAAUGCAGUUUUUAGGCAACACGGUGCAAAAAAAAGGUAAUUGAGUGCACAAAAAAGGUAAUUUAGUGCAGAAAAGAGUAACAAGCGUGACAUUCUGAUUGGCUAAAAAACAAAGAAACUCACUGAGAGCCAAUCAAAUGCGCCAUCUAAAUGGCACAAAAUUUGGAUCCGCUCCUGACCAGUUUCGAGCAAAAACCGCAAUGGUUGGCAUUUACAAAACACAUUUUCUUUGGCGACCGAAACAACUGUAGAGGAGCUGAAAAACUGCUCUAAAAACGAAAACACUGCGAAAAGCAGUGGUUUUUUUGGAAGAAUUGGUGCGUAGAUAAGGAAAUUACUGAUGAAAUAGAAAAUAUGAGCCCGGCUGAGUUUAACACUUUGCUCGAGCAUUUCUACGCCGAAGUAAAAGUAACGAUGGCAUCGCUUGAUAGACACUUAAAGAACAAAGGCUGCACCCUGUCCAUUGUACGUGACCGAGAAUUUAGUUCGUCCAAAGAGGUGUGCGAAAGCGAAGCAGCCUCGCUUGGCUGGUCGUGGUAAGCGCCCAAACGAAGCUCGGCAAGUAUCAAAUGAGGAAGGAAAACUCCAGGUAAUAACCCAGAAUCUUUAAUUCAAACACAUUGAACAAUGCCAUGAACUGUUCAGCCCCUUUCUGUAGCUUGCAUACUUUAAAACCAUCGAGCAAAAUGUUGUUUCGACUGCACCUGUGAUGAUAUUUGCAGCAUUUGAAUAUUUAUUUUAGCACGUAGUUUACGCGGGUUGACUCCCUAUUAAAGAGAUUUUAAAGCUAUCUCGCAAUUUUUUCAUGAAUAUUAUUAAUAAGUAAUCUCAUGAUUUUUCUCGGGCAAUUUGGAAUAAAUAAGCACUCGUAAUUUUUUUUCAAAGACCACAAAUUUUGUUAGCCUUUGAAAAAAUUUACUCGUGCUUAUUUAUUCUAAAUUGCACUCGAAAUCAUGUGAUUACCUGUACACAUAAUAUGAUGCAGAUAUGCGGCGACAGAAUCGUGUACUAAUCAGAUCUGUAUCGCCCCAUUUCAUAUUGUGGGUCACAAACUUAUCGUCUAAUUUAGCAAUCAUUGUCUCGAUUAGGGUCUACAAUAUACCCCUACUUGUUCUAAAUCUAUUGCUUGCAGUGGCCGUAAGCAUGUUUUUCGAACUCUCACUUAUAUACCUUUUUUUUGCUAUUUUUCGGAGGUCCCUUAAUAAUGAACUUUUUUUUAUAUUCUUCAGAAAUUUUUCUGGCAACGAGAUUAAAGAGCUUCACAAUGAGAUAUUCAUGAAUUUGCGGUCACUCUUACGACUGUAAGUAUUAAAUUGGCUUCCUUAGCUUCCAAUGAUUUUGAAUUUUCGUCACAGUAUUUACCUCUGUAAGACCGGCUAGGAAGGGUAUUUCAGCAGGGAAUGUUAUUGUAGGUGAUGGCGCAUUUACAAAAAUUUAUUUACAGGAUGGAAAGUCGAAAAUGCAACAUUACUUCUUGCGUCAUUCUACUGGAAAAUUUCAAGGAGAAAAUAGGAUUUUAUGUCCCUCUUCUUCAAACCUUUUCUUACUGAAUGGGAAUGAUUUAUGUCAAUGAAAAACUGCUUUCCCUAAACUAAAUUUUCUAGUCCCAAAUUUAGUUUACUAUUCGCCGGGUGAAUAAAUGAUGUCAUCAACUACAAUCCACAAGCCAUGACAAAAAAAUCUUAAAUUUAGCAAACGUACAUGUUCUUACUCAUAAUUUAUCAAAUCUUGUCAAGUCUUCCAAAAGAGUUGUAGAUUAAGCAUAUGCCCUUUACUAAUCGGCUCCUGAAGGAACACAAGCUGUUAAUCUUCUCUUGCAAUGGUUAGCGACAAUGUUUUAACGCUCACAUACUGAAACUAGUCUAACUAAUCAAACUUCAACUUACAGGUAAGUCUCGUUAAAUUUUCUAACUCUACCUUGUCAUCAGUCUACGUCACUACGGAGUCACAUGAGAUUUCAAAGUCCUGUAGAACGAACUACCCUUCCAAUGUAAACAGUUUUAUUCGCAGAACGUGAUGAACAAAGACAACACUGUGUCCUAAUUGAACAAUACUGAGCCAAAAUUUAAUUGAGCGGUAGCAACAGGUUUAUCAUAAAAUCUGGCGAAAGUACUCGAAUUAGACCAUCCUGCACUUUUCAUAAUCUCUGCUAGGUUUAAACCUUUAGCCUUGCAACUGGAUGUGGAUGCUGCUUUGCUGCUAUGAGCCGAAUACUUCUUAAUGUCAAUACCAGCUGCCUAUAAUAUUUGCUUAAUCCACCUGGAAAUGGUAUCUUUGGACACAGGUUUGAAUGAUUUGAAAUAGUUCAACCGUAACUUCGAGUGUCCCUUACGCAACUGUUCUGUGCGAUGUAAAUAUUCCUUUAGAUCUUCAACCACAAAGAGUUUCUUAUCGUUUGGAUAAGGAAAUAAAUCAAUGGGUUCUAAAUGUCUUCCAGGUUUAGUUUGCUUCAGUUUAUCACAUACAGUUAUUCGGUAUCUGCCGUCCAUUUCUUGAAUGUAGCUAACAUCCAUCUUGUGUAUGGUCUGUCCUCUUUGCCCAGUUGUGAGGCAGAUUAGCAUGUUCAGAUUUAAAGUAAGUUCCUUAAAAGAUAAAGAGCUUACGGACUACAAAGUUCGUAAACAUUUGGAUACAAUUAUUACACCGGUAUAUUUGGGCAAUGCUGGUUUCAACUCAAAAAUGAAUGAGUGAGGAGUAUUUUAUUUUGACCUUUAUGAUGGUAGUGCAUGUGUAGACAUGGGGUCUUUUUCCUCAUUUUUAACUGAUCUCAAUGAAAUUCCCUCUUUAGUAGAGGAGAAGAAAAACUUUCGUGAAGGCAAAUUGGGAUACGGAGAGUGUUACAAUGCUUUGCAGACCUUCCAAAAGAAUAAAUCACACGGAAACGACGGCUUAACCCUUGAAUUUUACCUUGCUUUUGGUCCGUGUUUGGAAGUUUGUUGGUGCAAAGUCUAAAUUAUGCCUUUGAGUACGGAGAGCUUUCAAAUUCACAGAAAUAGGCUGUCAUAACGUUAGUUGAAAAAAGAGGAAAAGACAAAAGGCAAAUAAAGAAUUAGCGUCCAAUAUCUCUUAUUAAUGUAGAUGCAAAAAUAGCGUCCAAGACCUUGGCCAAGCGGUUGAAAAAUGUGCUACCUGAAGUAACUCACUUUGAUCAGAGCGCCUUUGUCAAGGGGAGAACUAUUUUUGAUGCCAUCAGAACAAUUGACGAUGUGAUUGUGCAUACGAUGAACACAGAUAUAUCGGGAAUCUUAGUGGCAACACAUUUUGAGAAAGCUUUUGAUUCCCUCAAUCUUAGUUUCCUUUUAAGAAUCUUAUACGCGUUUAACUUUGGUCCUUCUUUCAUUAAAUGGGUACGAUCUUGUAUAAUAAUGCCUCCAGCUGUGUUAUGAAUAAUGGUUUUACUUCAGGACCUUUCUCUCUAAGUAGAGGGGUAAGGCAGGGGAUCCUCUUUCUCCCUAUCUUUUCAUAUUAGCUUUGGAAAUCUUAGCUAUUAAGAAAAGAAACGAUAAUAGCAUUCAAGGUAUCUUACUCACUCCUAUUCGAAACCCUGAGGGCUUUUGGAGGGUUUUCAGUGUUAAAAGUAAAUAAGGAUAAAACCGAAGAAUUAGCGUUAGGAAGUAGUGGAUCUGUCUGCGAAGGGCAUUUGGUCAUGAAUAAUCUUUGUUUGGUGGUGACGCUAAAAAGAGAGAAGAACUGAACUUUUGGAAGACUCUGGAAUCAAUUAAGAAAACGAUUAACUUAUGAAAAUGGCGAGGCCUAUCUCUUAUAGGCAGGAUACAAAUUGUUAAAACCUUUGCCAUUCCUAAGCUUAUGUUUAGAGCAUCGGCCGUUUCAAUCUCUGAGGAUCUCAUGAAAGAAGCUGAAUCGAUCUUUUAUCAUUUUAUCUGGAACGGAAAGGACAAAGUAAAGCGCAACGCAGUUAUUUCAGAAGUUGAGAAUGGUGACUUGAACAUGCUUGAUACUGAAUCCAUGAUUCGCACCAAGCGAGUGAUAUGCUUACAAAAAUUUUUACAGGACUAUGAAAGUCCAUGGAAAAUGUUUUUAGGAGAGCUUCCGCAACCUAUUGGUGGGAAGUUUUUACUGCAUUGUAAUUUUGAGGUGUCUAAACUAAAUAUUUCUCUUCCAGCUUUCUAUAGGCAAUGUCUUGUUGCAUGAUCAGAAUUAAACGCAAGUGAACCUAGUUCGGUACACGAAAUUGUGAACUGUUUACCGAACAGAUAUUGCGGAUCAAGGCUUUUGUAAGAUCUGGGACUUAUUUUCUGUUGAUAAUGUACAACUUAACACUGAACAAAGUUUUUUCAUUAUGAGUGUAAUUAAUUCCAUGCCAGCAGCAUGCGUGGCGUUUGUUAAUUCGAGCAGCUAAUAUUGCACCGGUGCUUUCUCCUCUGCCGAAUACACCAGCUAUUUUGAUAAGUGAUCAGUCUUAAUUCCAAUUCUUGACGCUUCUUCAAAGCAAAUCUAUCGCUCUUUUUUGACCAAAAAACAAACCACACCUACCGCUAAAGAGAGACUAUCUGCAAAGUAUCAUCAUUUAACUAUUGACUGGAAAAGAGUUUGCUUAUUAUCUUUCCGCACAACAUUAGAAACAAAACUUAGGGAAUUUCAGUUUAAAAUAUUAAACCGUGUCGUAUUUACGAAUGAGAAACUUUUUCGUUUUGGUAUGGCUGAAUCAGAAGGAUGUGUUUUCUGCCAAACCGAGGUCGAAUCCAUCGAGCAUUCACUUUUUUCCUGCAAAAUAUCCUCUGUUUUUUGGAAACACGUAUUGUCCUGGCUAAGAGACAACAAUAUUAUUGUUGAGAAUUUAAAAGAAGAGGAUAUAAUCUUCGGUAAAUUUGAUGUUGGAGACGAUUUCCUUCUAGUUAAUUAUAUUUUAUUGUUUGGGAAGUACUAUAUUUAUUCACAGAAAUGUCAAAAGGGUAUGCCCUCCCUUCAGGGGUUCAUUGCUAGGACUAGGCGUGUUUACAACAUUGAACUUUACAUUGCCAGGAAAAGAGGCACAUUAAAUAAACAUCUUAGUAAGUGGGAAAAGUUAAUCAAUAUAAUGUGAUCUAAUUAACAAUUAAAUAUUGUACAUAAAUAUAAAGAUAAGUUCUUUCCAUCAGCUUAGAUAUUGUCGGCUGUAAUAGUUUUUUACUUUUUUUUCUUGUCCUUUUGUUUUGUUUUGUUUUUUCCUUUUUACUUUAACUGUACUCUGUAAAAUGAAAACUUCAAAUAAAAAUUAAGAAAAUACGAAAAAAAAAACCCUCAAAAAUCCCUUUCAUGCAGCGGACUGCUAGUGGGUAGGACACAGGGAAACCCAGAACGCGCUGUGUUUAUACCACCAUACCCCAUCCCUGCUUUGAGUAAAGAAACAUUGAACUCAAUAGGGGCGCACAGCGAAAAAGACUUGUCCCCAUAAGUUUCAUAAGUUUUCGAGGUUUUUUGUAACAUCUGCUGAGAUGCAGACCACAAGUUCCUGGGGUGCCUUUGAUAACUAAGUCUGUCCGCUAGAUAGCUAGGUGGAAGGUUAUUAAGUGAUUUGAAAACUGACAAAAGAAGUUUAAAGACAACAUGAUAACUAACAGGAAGAUCAAAUAAAAUAGGUGUAAUUCAUUUUCAUUUCAUUUUAUUUGUUCCUCCAAACCUUAACAGAUGUUAAUACAGAAUUAGAUAUAUAAGGUGAAAAAGUAAGUAAGAAAUAAAAUUUACAAAGAAAGAAAACUUAAAUUAAAUCAAAUUGUAUAUCGGAAGGAGAAGAGAGGGGCACGUCUAGAUAAGCUGUGGUUAUGCCCCUUAAAGUUACGUAUAGCAAACAAAUUGUAGUUUUUAUUAAUGAAAAAAAGAACAGGAAAAAUUAUAAAACUUAGUUCUUACGUUUUUUAUUAAAAAAGUAAGUCAAAAAACACACACAAAAAAAUAAAAAAAUCUAAUUAAUUCUAGCGGAGCUAGAAAAAACGCGGCCACCAUGCUCGCUGGCCGCUGACCAUGUGUUCAAGUUUACGAGUCUGAGUAACGAUUCUGGGGGCAGUGUUUAACAUAUUAUUAAAAGUUUUUGCAACUGAACUUUCCUACAACCACAGAGCUAGGAAUUGCAAUGGUCCAUUUUAGCUGUAACAAAAGCAUGCACAGCAAUUUCGCUAGACACCUGUGUGAGAUACUUUCUUAUCUUUGAUAAGUUACUGAGCUGGUGAAACGAUGAUCUGCAAAUGUUGAGACGUGCACAUCAAAUAGCAUGUUGUCAUCAAACACUACUCCCAGACUCCUGGCUUUGUUGGCGGUGGUUGUCAGCAUUGCGUUUCCCAUAUUGAAGUCACUGAACAGUGGACGAGUACGGUACAUCGAGAAGAUAAGCACGAUUUCAGUCUUGAUUAGUGAGUUGAGCUCGUUUCUACACACCAAGAUGGGUAUUAGUUGGGACCGUUGUCAUAUUUGCCAAGGGUGAGAAUCGACAAGAGAGGAUCUGAGAAACCCAUUAGUUUAAUGGUAUAUAAUGAUUUAAUGGUUUAUAGAAAGCUCCUUAAAAAUGUACGAGAAUUCAAGAAAGAGGACUGUUUUCCUGUUGUUGUUAAGUUUGAUAUGGAAAUCACGUACGACAGUAGUAAACAAAUGCAAAGUGGCAUCAAUCCUGUCACCUUACGUCUUUAAUGCCAAGUUAGAAAAAAGCAAAAGAAAAGAGAAACAAGCAGGUUGAAGCAGACCCCCAGAAACAGCAAGUUGCAGAUUGUGGCACCAAAGGAGCUUGGAAGGCUGACGCUAGUGAGACUGCAAAGUGUGUGAUAUGUAACGAAAGUUCGGCAAGUAUAUAGACAUGUGAUCAUUCUCCACUGCAUUAGCUACGUAUUCAGUGAGUUCAACAAACGCUCUUGAUUCAUUUAAUUCUUCGUCUUCCUCGGCCUCUGAAGCUGCUUCACUUUUUUUUCGUGUAUUCCUCUGACAUGUAUGCCUAUUCCACAAGUCCGUUAAACAGCGCAUAUGAUACUAUCUCGCCACUAUAGCAAUCACACCUCCACCAGAUAUUCAUACUAUAGUCUUGUAAAUCGCUACGUCUUAGGUUUCUGUCGGUUUUCAAUGUAGAGAAACUGUAUAGGUGGCUCCCAUCAUCUUCUUUACAUAUCACAAACUCUGAGGUCUCACUAGUGUCAGCCCUUGGAGCUCGUUUUGUGCCACAAUCUACAACGUCCUGUCUUUCUCUUUCUGGUCUGCUUCAACAUACUUGCUUCUCCUUUCUUCUCCUUUCUCGUUGCUUUCGAUAACAAAUUUAUCACUAAAAAGAGCUUAAAACUUUACUCAAACCUCUUGAUUAAAAUUUACUUACAGUCCGUGUAAAUACCUCUUCAAGCCGCCAUCUUUAAAGGCCAUUUAGGACUGAGUACGCGUCUGAAUACAUCUUCCUUGGAUUUUCCCGCUAUAUCAUUUAGAUGACUUGUUUUUGUCAUUGGUUUUAAUAAAAAUACAAUUUCUUUUUUUCAUUUACAUGUCUUUCAUGUGAUUUUCAUCAAAAUAAUUGCAAAAAACAAGGAAUUGAUAAUUUAGCACAGGGCACCCACCAUGGUAUAUUAUUAUUGCUAUAUCAUAGCUAUGACUUUUGAUGCAAUUUUAAAGUCAACGUUUAGCAACGCGAUUUCUCAAACCCCGAACUUUGAGUGACAUGAUACAGUGUUUAUCUUGUACCUUUACUAUAAGAUCAGGGGCAUGGGUAAGAAAAACAAAACAAAACAAAAGAGAAUCUGUUAAUUAACUGGUCGAUGAUUAGGAGAAUAACUAUAAAGACAUAUAAGUAAACAAACAGGAAGCAAGAUCGGGGACACAAAGUACUUAUAACAGAAACAGAAAGCAACGUUGCAUUGGAAGCAAACUCUUGCAUACUAGAUCAGUUUCUUUCGAUUUCCCCUGUACCUAAAUUACUCUAGAUCUUGUAAGCAGUGAAUUCUUACUGAUGAUCCAGAAGGUGAAGUCUUAACAAACAUUUUUACCGUCAAUUGUCCACUCACAAACAAGCAGUCCAUUUUUCCUCAUCUCAUUUGCUUUUUUGACAACAAUACGUCGGUAGGCUGUGAGGUUUUCGUUUAGGAAGAUACGGUUCCCUCACCCUAAUAAAGUAGCAUAAUUUCACGUACGAAACGAAUCAGACACCAUCAUAUCCUUGAGCGCCGUACGCUUUUUUUUAAGUUGUGGGUCAGGAAUUUAACUACAUGUAUAAUUGGUUUGUUUUGUGAAUUGAGCUGGUGAGAAAUUUCGAUGUCUCCCGGCGAGAUCGGCACAUCCAAUGCCUCUCCUAGCUUUAAAACUACGUCCUCCGUUUUGGUGUAUGCUUCUCCUAGUCAGGAAUGCCGUGGAUCUCCAGAGAGUUUUUACGCGUCUAUUGCUCCAAUUCUUCGAGGCCGCAAUUAAUUCUUUCUUUUUCCUCCAUGACUGGCGCUCAAGGGAUGCUUUCCUAUUCUUUUUCUUUCUUCCUAUGACUGCCCCUUGAUAAUUAAAUUCCAAGAUGGCUCCGAGGCUUUAUGGACAAAUUGAAAAUUUUUCAUGACUUCAUUGUCUCGCAAUUCCCAUAAAAGACUUAAGCUCAAAGAAAACCAAACCAAAUAUAGAAAUAUGACCAGAAAGCCUCGAAGUCACAUUAGAAUUUUAAUAUAUCGGGCAUGGGCUAAUGCAAACUCGCGCACGGUUUCUUACAAACGGCUGAAUAAUUGGCUUUUGAGUAUAACCUUCCAGCAGCUUGCUUUAGUGGUCUUACCCGACGAAUUCCCCAAAUAUCAUUUUUCUCUCUCCCCCUUGCUCAGAGCGGAAUGGCUUGGAUACAGUACCUCUUAUCCACUGCUUCUUUCCUUGCAUCCUUCCAUUGUGACACGGUAUAUGCUCUUCGGAUUAAGCCGAAAGAGUUUUGUCGCGUGCCUAGCUUGUGUCUUUGCCUACUUCUGUUACUUUCCUUAACCUGUCUAAGUGCCUGUUUACAUAAAGGUGGGGGACUCCAGGUAGGUGAUGUAGCUGGGACUGGGGCUAACCAUCAUGGUAGGAAGACGCUAUUUUUAAGCUCGUCAAACAACGAUGGCGAUAGUGGUGUCGUGAAGUAAUAGAAAUGUGUCUGGUUAUGUUCUUUGGCAAGAGAAUUAGAAGUUUGUCUUAUGAUUCGUCAAACCGCAUUCCUACGACUUCAAGUAUGCCAAAUGCGAAGGAGAAGAAGCGCCCACGUGGGUGUAGUUCUUCGGUUACAGAUGAUGGCUCGAAGAUUCUAACCGACGUGGGCGCUUCUUCUCCUUCGCAUUUGGCAUACUUGAGGUCGUAGUUUUUUUGUAUUUUGAUAAACUUGAAUUUGAUUUUUAAAUAAUUUCAUGUAGUCCAAUGUUUUGCACAGUAAACACCAAAAUGUCACGCACACUCGUGGCAUUGCUAAUACAAACACCCCAGAACAUUUUUUCCUUUAUUUACAUAAAAAAUUAAAUAAAUAUAGAUAUGCGGCGACAGAAUCGUGUUCUCAUAUGAUCUGUAUUGCCCCAUUUCAUAUUGUGAGUCACAAACGUAUCGUCUGAUUUAUGGAAAUGGUCAAUUUUACCAUUUUUUAGAUGUUCGAAAAUCCAAGGAGAGGCAGGCAAGCAAGAAAUUUUACAACAAAUGUUCCGAAAAUUCUAGAUCUCAAAUCGUCUUCCGAACAGAUAUUUUUCCGAAAAUUGUUGUUGGGUGCCCCUGAUUUGAAAAGAAUCCACGUAACCGUAAUCUCUUUUUACGACAGGAAAUAUUGGCUAUAUAACAAAAGUGCAUCAGACAACAAUGCCUUUUGUCACGCAGUGGAAACCGCCCUGAUCCAUCCGAGCUGAACAUAAAAAGAGCGCGUGAUCACUUAAAACUUGAACCCUAGAAAUACUGGUGGAGUAUGCUGUGGAGGAUUCUUGUUUUUGACAGAGUAAAUGAUAUUUGCCGAUUGAGAGGUCAUGAGGCCGAUGUGUUUCCUGUGCAUUCCAGCAUUGAUAUCCUGUGGUCUUUGUCUCUGACAGAAUUUGAUCUCUGAAGCAUUUUAGGGAAUUCUUUGACCUCUUUUGAAGUACAAAGCUUUUUAUUGCCGCUAAAUGGCCGUUUAUUAGAGAAGUUAGUUUCUCAAGUUUGGAGUAACUGCAGCAUACUCUGCCUGGAUCCUGAGUAACUUUCAAUAAAUAGUUGUUUUGUUCGUGAAUUGAUUGUUACGCUUGGCCUGGCUUGUUUGUCACCCAGUUUGGUAUCACACAGCUCUUUAUGAUUGGGUAACCAAAUGGUUCCAAACAAGGUGACAAAAGUAGGCGGCAUUCAAAACUUAAGAAAUGUGGCCGGCGGGUAGCCUCCCACGCAGACGUUCUUAGGGGUUCGUCACGCGUUCCUGCCCCACGAACGUCUGCUGACUUGAGCGAAAAAAAAACGUAGAGCAAUCACAGCAGACUUUCAGAUCUGGGAAGUGCACUUUGGACUCUGAGAAAUUUCGCGCUUGACUUUAUAGCUCCGGAAAAGAUCAGAAAGGUCUCAUGAAAGGUGAAGACCUUACAGUUUUAGAACAAACUACUCAGUUAACUCACAAGCGUUCGUACUAAUGGCUACCCUCAGAAUGUCGUUGAAAUAAUUACCUCGGAGGUUAAAUUUGCUGAACGGAUGUCGGCUUUACUACAAAACAAUAACGUGUGAAAAAACAUUUUGCCUUUUGUUCAGUCUUACAAGGUAACCCCGCCGUUGCAUCACCCAAAGAACAAAUUUAUGAGCAAAUGACAUCUAAUCCAGCCUUUACAGAGAGAAAUAUACAAAACGCCAACGCUUAUCUCCUAUAUUCUCGUCAGCAGCAAAAAUCUUUGGAGGCGUAACACACUCUACAGAGCUUGUACGUAUGUGUUUGGCUUGUCAACACUUUUACUUCAACAGCGCCGAUUGGAUCUCCGAUAAUCUGCAUGUGAUCUCCAGCCGAUAUUUGCGAACAAUGGGAAAGGAAUUUAUCUUUCAGUUCAGGAGACGUCCGUGGGGCGGGAACGCGUGACGAACCUCUAAGAACGUCUGCGUGUGAGGCUAGCCGGAGUGAUUUUCCCGCGCGGCUUCUUAUUUUUUCUGCUUCUUUCUUUCUUCAGUAUAGUUUAGGUGUAUAGUUUUUGUGAUAGAGUUGAUGUGAUUAAAUUCCUGGUAAGGAGUACUUGGUUAUAAACAUCCCCAUUCAAUAAAAUACAAAAAAAGUAGGUGGGGUAACCUGCCUGUGAAGAAUAUAAUCUUUUAUUUUAAUCUGAUCUUUUUUUUUCAGCGUGUAUUUUAUGCGCUCUUUUAAUUACAUGGUUUCGGAACUUCUUUUUAUUCUUUUAAUCCAGUUUUACUUAUUUGCCCAUCAGCAAGUAACGGGGUUUAUGUUUUUACUAGGCAGUUGUUUUCAAUCGCCCUUUAGUGAUUUUUAUAUUCCUUAUUUUGGUUUGUUGUUUUUUUUUAAAGGAAUUUAGGCUCUAAUACACUGAAGCGUUUACCAAAAGACAUUUUCAAAAAUCUGAGUACUUUGCAGGAACUGUAAGUAUUAAAGCAUCCUCCGAUUUAUUAUACCUGCUCGUAAUCCCACCUGCACUCAACUGAGAAAGUAAUCCACUUAAGAUUAGCAAAACGGGUCUCUUUUUUGUGUUUUAUAAACUUGAAUCGUGUACUAAUCAGAUCUGUAUUGCCCCAUUUCAUAUAGUGGGUAACAAACUUAUCUUCUGAUUUAGCAAUCAAUGAAACGAUUAGGGUCUACAACAUACCCUUACUUGUACUAAUUCUGUUGCUUGCUGUGGGCGUAAGCAUCUUUUUCGAACUCUUACUUAUAUACCAUUUUUUGCUACUUUCCUGAGGUCCCUUAAUAAUGUACAUUUUCAAAUUCUUCAGAGAUUUUUCUGGCAACGUGCUAGAGCUUCACAAUGAGACGUUCAUGAAUUUAAGGUCCCUCUUACGACUGUAAGUAUUAUAUUGGCCUCCUUAGCUUCCAAUGAUUUGGAAUUUCCUCACAGUAUUUACCUCUGUAAGGCUAACUAGGAAGGGUAUUUAUUUAUCAUUAUUAUUUUUUCUGCGUCUUUCUUUCUUAAGAGUGACUUUCUGUAAAUACCACGGAUAGGUGUGCAAGAUGGAAAAAUCGAAAUCCCCCAAACUUUGUCCCAACAAAGCCCUUUGGAAACUAUUUUAGAAAAUACAAGACUCAGUUCGUUUGACUCAAUAUUUUCCAAAAUAAUAAUUUUUUUUAAUUUUCACCUUCGAGAGGCCUUCAAACCACCGAAAAAUGUGCUUGAUACCCUCGCUUCGUGAAUGGAAACGGAAACUAAUACCAUAACUUUUCUUACAUUAAACAAUGUUAUGAUCCUUCCUUUCUACCUAAACGUUGUUACAAUUUCAAAAGAUUUCAAUCUGAUUUUUUAAUAUUUUUUUAAAAUUACCUUCUAAAUCAGCAUUAUCGCGACCAUCAAUUUUGCCAUUUUUCAACGGCGAAAAUCCCUUUCUGGUACAUGGCUUUCAUUAGAAAAAUGGUAUUCCAGAGAAAGAGCAAUGUUUCCCCUAUCAAUCUGUGAAAUAAAAUUCUGGGGCAAUUGAAACUGCGAGUUUUUACAACGGAAAACAUUUACGGUACUCGCGUGAUUUACGACCUCUGAACUUGCAGUUGUAUUGAUGAAUACAAGGGAGUACUUAGACAGCACUUGAAAGUCUGGCGCAAAUUAGCCCCUUUUCCGCCCAUUUAAACACCAAAAACGAUUUUAGAUUUCACAGUGGUAAAUUUUCGAAAGGAAAAGCAAUUUUAUUGUGCGAAAGUGUGCUAUGAACUUCUUGACUACAACACAUCCCUUACGUGCGUAUUUGUUUACUUUUGCCGUAUCUGUAACAGUUAUCAUAUAUCUACAAAACGGCUUUAGUGUCGGUAGCUAUUCUUUAAAAUGCUCUCAUUUCUCAUGAACCAAAUCGUUAUAGCUAUAAAAAAGGAAAACGUUUUGACCUACCUCACAUUAUUUGACAACAGAACCGAAUCCUUUACUGCCUUUAACGAAAUGAGAUUGCGUGACAAAGGACUUUAAGACCCAGGUUGAAGACGGUCCGUUGAAGACAGAUACCAUUCCGAAAAAGACACUCACGCGGUGCCUUCUGUAACUAUAAAAGCAAAACAUGUAAAUUAUCAAAAUCCUUAGUUUCACUGACUUAUCCGCUAGAGCGAUUAUGAAAACGUAAGACUAAAAAAACAUAUUUUCCACAACAGACUAUGAAGUGGUUGGCACUUAUAUAUUCUGUUACUUUCCAUAAACGCCUGCUUACACAUUUUGAAAUACGAUUAUGAAUUCCUUACUUGUAUCCUUAGAAAAAUGACAUUUAGGGGGAAAAAACUGCUAAUUCCUAGUCUUAAAUGCCAUCCGUCCCUUCCCUCCACCCCCUAAGUGGCGGCAGCCCGUUUCGGGGUGGGGCGAAGAAACGCAGAACAUUUCAAACUGGACAUAGCGGGGCUAGAAAACCUGCAUAAUUUUAGAGCACCUCUGGUGUUAAAAGCAAAGCUUUCAGUAGUUCUGGGAACCUCGAGCAAGUUUUGCAUUUCUGAGCAACGUUUGGGAAAAAUAUAGGCUUAUGUCAAGCCAGAAAAAAGUGAGCAGUUUGAUAGAAAAUGUCAAGUACGACUGAACCGCGCCGGUAUAAGCGCCCUAAUGAUUCUGGCAGGGGGAGGGGGGGGGAAUUUUGAAAUGGAGCGAAGGGGACCUAGGUCUAACAAUACCGUCUGCGCUUUAGCUGUGAGUCUGCCUUGGAGAUAAAUUUCGCUCAUAUUUUUGAGCAACUCUUUAAAGAAGAUUGCAAGCCGUAUAGUUGCGUCCGUCUGGAACGCUGGAGCGGUGAAACCAAUGAUCGCGCCCCUCGCACCUUGAAAAAAAAAACUGCGUUUUUUGAGAAAAAAAGGAAACGAAAAUAAAAGAGAAGGAGGGCCGUUCGCACUAACUAAAAGCUAUUGUUUUUUGCAUUGCUAUUGAAAAUCUGAAAAGGAACAGUCUUACACACGUAGCCCUCGGGGCGGUACCAGGUGAAUAUAUCACAUACCCCAUCGUUUCAGGUAUAUAACCUUCACGUAAGCGUAGGAUGUAAGACACACUUGCGGAUACGCGUAAGCAUAACGUGAGAUACCCAGGCGCAAAAAAAUAACAGUGGCGCGGCUAAUGUUGGCUCCCUUCAAAAAUGAAGCGAAUUAACGUGGGCUUGAAAAGUGAGAUUUUCGGAUAUCUUCGGGAUAAUUGAUAGCGAGUUAUUUCCAGUCCACGGACUUUCUCCUAAAUUUUUCGAAAGUAUUUGUUCUCUUAGAAAACCCAGAAUUUCGUGAUUUCUUGAUAGUUUUAUACAUACGCUAAUUAUGAGAUUCCUUUUCUUCUUUCCUAACGAUAAGUUAAACAGGUCAAGAAAAAACAGCUUUCAGUAAGUUAAAAUAAGAUUUUUGAGGGCGCGAUCUUUGGUUUCACCGCUGAGCGUUCCUGACGGGCCCAAAUAUAAGGGCUUGCAAUCUCCUUUAAAGAGUUGCUCGACACUGUGGUUAAAAUUUAUUGCCAAGGGAAACGGACAACUAAAAAGCAGGCGGUGUGCUUAGAGCUAGGUCCUCUUUGCUCAAUUUCGGAGUUUCCCCUCCCCACCCUGCCUCCCCCUCCCGCCCGAGUCAUUAGGGGCGCUUUUACGGGCGUUGUUCAGUCGUACUUGACAUUUUCUAUCAAACUGCUCACUUUUUCUGGCUUGACAUGUGCCAUAACCUAUAUUUUGGCAAAACGUUCCUCAGAAAUGCAAAACUUGUUCGAGUUUGCCAGAACUACCGAAAAUUUAAACACAAGAGGUGCUAUAAGGUUAUGCAGGUUUUUUUAGCCCCGCCAUGUCUAGUCUGAAAUGUUUUGCGUGCCUUCGCCCCACACCGAAACCUGCUGUGGCCCCUUAGGGGGUGGAGGGAAGGGACGAAUGACAUUUUAGACUACGACUUAGCGCUUUUUCCUAAGAAUACAAGUAAGGAAUUCAUAAUCGUAUUUUAAAACGAGCGUGAUGAAAACAAAAGACUACGGUGGAACCUCGAUUUAACGAAGGGCCAAGGGCCGAAAAAAAUUUCUGAGCCACCCAACGACGGUUUCCUUCUAAAUUCUUUGAAAACAUUUUUCAAUGGUGCACCCAGAGUACUUUUAGAUCUCUAGAAAUGCAUUCUAAGCGGCUUGUAAAAUUUGUUCCUGUUCGGUCAUCCUAGGGAAACUUGCAUUGAGCAUUUUUGAAAUUACAAGGGCUUCAGUAUUAUUUUCCCAAAAAUUUUAGAUGCAAUUUAACGUAUCACCAAAGUGAGAAUUUUUCUGAUUCCUCUCUCAAUCACAUGUUUGAAUCCGACUAUUUUAGGCUUCCUCUUUUCUAUGAAAAAUUAGCCUAACCUGGGAUGUAAAAUUUGAAAAAUUAAACUUCAGAAAAUCGUAGGGAAUUUAUAAGAUAACCUUCGAAAAUUGAACAGGAACGGAACGGUCGUCUAGAAAUUUUUAGGCGUCCUCAAGCUAUAGAAAAUUCUAUGCAAUAUCUACUUCUCCCAUGAUAUAUUUUACAGAAAACAGUCGUUGAGUGCCCCUGAAAUUUGCUCGCUAUAACGAGGUUUCGUUAUAUCGAGGUUUUUUUUUCAUACCGUAAAUCCUCUAUUAAGCUCCCCCGGGGGGCUUAUUAUUUCAAGCUCAUUUGAGGGGGAGGGGCUUAAUAGAAACGGGGGGCUUAAUAUGUUUAAUUUAGAAACUAAGAUGGUAUCGCUUCUCCAUAAAGCCUACAAAGUGGAAAAGCUCAAGUACAGGAAGUUUUAGGUCACGCAGUCGAAAAUCAUUAUCAAAUGCGAACUUCCCGUUGGUAAAUAAACAAUCCCGGAUCAGUCAACACGAAGCCUUUACGGUCGUGAUUGAUUAAUACAGUCUUUCAUUAAUUAGUGAAGAAUAAUUACGGGUGGGAAGCGGGUGCUUGAUAGAAGGGGGGGGGCUAAUCAGAGGGAGGGGGGUUAUUUGACAGGGGGCUUUAAUAUAGGUUUUACGGCAUAUUUUACUAUUAUCGAGGUAAAGAAAAUCAUUCGUAGGUUCUUUAUAUCGCGGUUCCACUGUAUAAGGGCGCACCCCUAUAUAGUCUUUUGACGAAAAAAUAUUUUUUUAGUGUUACGUUUGCAGGGUCGCUCUGGCAGAUAAGUCAACGAAACUAAGGAUUUUGAUUGUUUACAUGUUUCACUUUUAUAGCUACAGAAGGUGCCGCGUGAGUUUCUUUUUCGGAAUAAUAUCUGUCUGCGCGGUAUAACCUGGGUCUCAAAGUUCUUUGUCACGCAAUCUCGUUUCGCUAAAGGCAGUAAAGGAUUCGGGUCUGUUGUCAAAUAAUGUGAGGUAGGUCAAAAUGUUUUCUUUUUUUAUAGCUAUAACGAUUUGGUUCAUGAGAAAUGAGAGCAUUUCAAAGAAUAGCUACCGACGCUAUUAGCCAUUUUGUACAUAUGUGUACGGCAAAAAGUAAACAAAUACGCACGGAAGGGAAGUGUUUGUAGUCAAGAAGUUCAUAGCACACUUUCGCACAAUAAAAUUGCUUUUCCUUUUGAAAAUUUACCACUGUGAAAUCUAAAAUCGUUUUUGGUGUUUAAACUGGCGGAAAAGGGGCUAAUUUGCGUCAGGGUUUCAAGUGCUGUCUAGGUUCUCGCUUGUAUUCAUCACGACAACUGCAAGUUCAGAGGUCGUAAAUCACGCGAGUCCCGUAAAUGUUUUCCGUUGUAAAACUCGCAGUUUCAAUUGCCCCAGAAUUUUAUUUCACAGAUUGAUAGGGGAAACAUUGCUCUUUCUCUGGAAUACCAUUUUUCUAAUGAAAGCCAUGUACCAGGAAGGGAUUUUCGCCGUUGAAAAAUGGCAAAAUUGAUGGUCGCGAUAAUGCUGAUUUAGAAGGUAAUUUUGAAAAAAUAUUAAAAAAUCAGAUUGAAAUCUUUUGAAAUUGUAACAACGUUUAGGUAGAAAGGAAGGAUCAUAACAUUGUUUAAUGUAAGAAAAGUUAUGGUAUUAGUUUCCGUUUCCAUUCACGAAGCGAGGGUAUCAAGCACAUUUUUCGGUGGUUUGAAGGCCUCUCGAAGGUGAAAAUUAAAAAAAAUUAUUAUUUUGGAAAAUAUUGAGUCAAACGAACUGAGUCUUGUAUUUUCUAAAAUAGUUUCCAAAGGGCUUUGUUGUGACAAAGUUUGGGGGAUUUCGAUUUUUCCAUCUUGCACACCUAUCCGUGUGGUAUUUACAGAAAGUCGCUCUUAAGUAUAGUUGAGGUGUAUAGUCAUUGUAGUAGAGUUGAUGUGUUUAAAUUCCUGGUAACACAAUUUUUGUUAUAAACAUCCCCAUUCAAUAAAAUACAAAAAAGAAAAGGUAGGUAAGGUAACCCGCCUGUCAAUAUAAUCUCUCAUUUUAAUCUGAACAUUUCUUUUUUCAGAGUUUGUUUCAUGCGCUCUGAUUUUUAAUUACAUGGCUUAGAAACUUCCUGUUAUUCUUUGAACCCAAUUUCAUUAAUUUGCCCAUCAGCGAGUAACGGGGUUUAUGUUUUUACUAGCCAGUUGUUUUCAAUCGCCCUUUAGUGAUUUUUAUAUUCCUUAUUUUGGUUUGUUGUUUUUUUUUAAAGGAAUUUAGGCUCUAAUAGACUGAAGCGUUUACCAAAAGACAUUUUCAAAAAUCUGAGUACUUUGCGGGAACUGUAAGUAUUAAAGCAUCCUCCGAUUUAUUAUACCUGCUCGUAAUCCCACCUGCACUCAACUCAGAAAGCAAUCCACUUAAUUCCAAAACAGGUCUUUUUUGUAUUUUGUUAAACUUGAAUUUGAUUCUUAAAUAAUUUCAUGUAUUCCACUUUUUGCACAGUAAAUACUAAAACAUACAAAACAAAUAAAAACUAGACAUAUAUACAUCACGUACACUCGUGACAUUGCUAAUACACACACCCGAGAACAUUUUUCCUGUAUUUACAUAUAAAAUGAUAUAAAUAUAGAUAUGCGGCGACAGAAUCGUGUUUUCAUAUGAUCUGUGUUGCCCCAUUUCAUAUUGUGGGUUAUCGUCUGAUUUAACUAUCAUUGUCACGAUUAGGGUCUACAACAUACCCUUACUUGUGCUAAAUCUAUAGCAUGCGUAGCUGGCGGGAUUAGCGUGGAAGUGCAGUAUUGUUUUGGCGGCGGAGCCGCAAGAAAAGUGGGUAUUCAAGUCAAUUGGAAGUCCCGCCUGCCGCAAUUCUUGGGUAUUUUGAAUAGUCCGCAGCCAGGAAUACGGGAGUUUCUAAUUGACUGAGAAGCUGAUAAAACGCCAAUCAAAUGAUAAUUGCUAUCCCUACUAUCUCCCAAGGGAAAGUUAGUGCGUACAUGUGGAAAUGAAUCAAAUCGAGCAAGCUAUAAACCGCCUCUACUCCACUCCACUCCACUCCACUCCAUGGUUUUCACAUGAGGUCACUAAAAUUCAAACUAAAAAACUAUCGAUCCUACCGAGAUUUUACUUUCACGAUGAAUUAGAGCAGCUGAAAACUAAUUUUCAUACAAAUUUUCGCUUAAAAAGUAUUCUUGGUUUUGUGAUAAAGUACGCUUGAAUUUCUAGUAAGCCUUUGCGUGACGUGGCAUUUACAUGACGGCCAAGAGAGCUGUCAUGUAGGUUAAAAAAAUGACUUAUUUCAGGAAAUUUUUGCUAUCUAAACAGUUCAUGUAUUAGAAAAAGUAUUACUUUAAUGUUUAUGAGUUUAUAGAGGAAUAAAUUCACGCUUUUGUAGCAAAACUCGGUAAAAGAUGUUUCUGUUGGAUUCCGUCCUUCAUGUUGAAGCUCAUCCAGGUGAGCACCAGCAUGGCGUCUCUAUACAAAUCUCUAUAAGUUUGGGUAAAACAUUUCUUCGGAUAUCUCGUAUACCUCAGUGUCGGUGGCUAGUAGUGGUAUUUACCUCCCCGCUUCGCGGCCUAGGCAAAUUUCACUACUAGCCACCUCCACUUCGGUGAAUAAUUGUUAUCUAUUCCAAUGGUUAUUCGUACAGUAAACACCAAAAAAUACAAAGCAAUAGGCCACUCCCGAAUUCCAGUUUAUUUCAUACGCUCUUUUAAUUACACGGUUUGGGAACUUCGUGUUAUUCUGUAAAACCAAUGUCAUUAAUUUGCCUAUCGGUAAGGAACAGGGUUUUUGUUUUUUUUUCUCCUCCUUCUAAAGAUCCCUAGAGCAUAUGCAGUCGUAGGUCGUACCAGUCCCCGGCUCGUUUAGAACCGGGGGGACUCCCAUAUGAAAGGGGAGGGGAUGCUCGUCGAAAAUUUUGAAUUAAACCCCUAAAGGAGAUCAAUCUGGGCGUGGCCCAACCUUUUUUGACCCCCAAAAGCGAUCAUUUUAAACUUUGAUUACUUGAAUAGAGUAAAUAAAACGAAUUGAACAUAAAUAACUUUUUAAUACUUCUUCGAGUGCAACCCUAAAAGAGACGUUUACGGCUAAAUAUUAUGAUGUUUUGCCCAGAACACCCUAAGCGAGACCAAAAUCUGAAAUUUUAACCCCUAAGCGAGACGACGAGCAUUCCCACCCCUAUCAAAUGGAAGUCCCUCCCCCCCCGGUUCAGAACAUGGCUAAUAGGCAAUUAAGGAGGUAGUUGUGAUGAAGAGAGUCGACCGUAAAAGGAACUUUGUAAAAUGCAACUCUGAAAUCUUGUUUUUAAUCUUUCCCAAAAACGUUUCCCAGUUACAUGUACAUUCUCAUCCCCAUAACUGUGCAUUAAAACUGUUUUCAUUUGACAGAAAUCUUGAACGAAAUGAAAUUGAAGACCUACCUGUAGGGACGUUUGGAGCACUAUCCAAGCUACAAAUCCUGUAAGUAGAUCCAUACUGUACUCUAGCGAGUGAUAGAUUCAUGUUUCAGGUCUAAAGCACUUUAUCCUCACUUAUUUAGUGGGAGAAGAAAACAAGUAGAUUAUCAGUUAUCGAGAAAUAUCUUAUACACACUUAAAUAAGCCUUUUUUUCAGAGUUUAUUUCAUGCGCUCUUUUAAUUACAUGGUUUGCGAACUUCGUGUUAUUCUGUGAAUCCAAUUUCAUUAAUUCGCCUAUCAGUAAGGAUGGGGUUCAUGUUUUUACUAGGCAAUUGUUUUUAAUCGCCCUUUAGUGAUUUUUUAUAUUGCUCAUUUUGGUUUGUUGUUUUUAAAAGGAGUUUACGCUCUAAUAGACUACAGCGUUUACCAAAAGACAUUUUCAAAAAUCUGAGUACUUUGCAGGAACUGUAA